UGCCUCCUGGCAGAGGGUUCGCAGAUUGCGAAGAGGAAAGAUAGCGGAUUCUCAGCCUCUCCAUCCAUCGUCAACCAGAGCUAUGCCCGCGGGCAGCGCGGAAUCCGAGUGUGCGCUCAGCUAUCAGCAGAGGCAUGAUGAAGAAGCUGUAGUGGACCAAGGCGGAACCAGCUCAAUCCUCAACAUUCACUAUGAAAAAGAAGAAUUAGAAGGCCACAGGACAUUAUAUGUUGGUGUGCGUAUGCCUUUGGGCAGACAGAGCCAUCGACACCAUAGAACCCAUGGAUCAAAGCACAAGAAGCGAGACAGAAUGAAAGGCACCGUACAGGAGGAAAGAGACUCUCCUACUCAUGAUACCCCAUCCCAGCGUGUGCAGUUCAUCCUGGGAACUGAGGAUGAUGAUGAACAUGUUCCACAUGAGCUCUUCACUGAGCUGGAUGAAAUCUGCUUCCGGGAGGGGGAGGAUGCGGAGUGGAAGGAAACAGCAAGGUGGUUGAAGUUUGAGGAAGAUGUGGAGGACGGCGGGGACCGCUGGAGCAAACCGUACGUGGCCACCCUGUCAUUGCACAGCCUGUUUGAGCUGCGGAGCUGCAUCAUUAAUGGUACAAUCUUGCUGGACAUGCGAGCGAACAGCAUUCAGGAGAUUGCAGAUAUGGUUCUUGAUCACCAGGAGGCCUCCAUGGAACUGAAUGAAAACAUGCGUGUGAAAGUUCGCGAAGCUCUGCUGAAAAGACACCACCAUCAAAUUGAGAAGAAGAGAAAUAACCUUAUUCCAAUUGUCCGAUCCUUUGCCGAGGUGGGCAAAAAACAAUCGGAACCUCACUCUAUGGACAAGACAGGUCCAAUGUUGUCUCCGAUGUCUGUUCCAGCUCACCUUGAUGCCAAGAAUGGAGUCAACCAUGAGAACAGCAGCGCUGAAAUAUGCAAGGUAGACCUCCAUUUUAUGAAGAAGAUCCCGACAGGGGCUGAAGCCUCCAAUGUUCUCGUUGGUGAGCUGGACUUUCUCGACCGACCAAUUGUGGCUUUUGUGCGUCUCUCCCCGGCUGUUCUCCUCACAGGACUUACUGAAGUUCCAAUUCCUACAAGAUUCCUCUUUAUUUUGCUGGGACCAAUUGGAAAGGCACAACAAUACCAUGAGAUUGGCAGGUCAAUGGCAACUAUAAUGACUGAUGAGAUUUUCCAUGAUGUUGCCUACAAGGCAAAGGAUCGCAGUGACCUGCUGGCUGGCAUUGAUGAGUUUCUGGAUCAAGUGACUGUUCUGCCUCCAGGGGAAUGGGACCCCUCUAUCCGAAUCGAACCUCCAAAAAAUGUCCCAUCGCAGGAGAAAAGGAAACUUCCUGGAGUUCCGAAUGGUAAUAUUUGCCAUGUUGAUACUGAACCACACGAAGACCACAGUGGCCCAGAACUGCAGCGCACAGGAAGGCUGUUUGGGGGUUUGGUUCUUGACAUCAAACGAAAGAUUCCCUGGUACUGGAGUGACUUCAAGGAUGCCUUCAGCUUACAGUGUGUGGCUUCCUUCCUCUUCUUGUACUGUGCCUGCAUGUCUCCUGUAAUCACAUUUGGUGGCCUCUUAGGAGAAGCGACUGAAGGACGCAUAAGUGCUAUUGAGUCUCUUUUGGGGGCCUCUAUGACCGGAAUAGCAUAUUCCCUAUUUGCUGGACAGCCUCUCACUAUCCUGGGCAGUACAGGGCCUGUGCUGGUUUUCGAAAAGAUUUUAUUCAAGUUCUGCAAGGACUAUGAUUUAUCCUACCUUUCUUUACGAACGUGUAUUGGGCUCUGGACAGCAUUUUUGUGUCUCUUGCUUGUUGCUACCGAUGCAAGCUGUCUUGUUUGCUAUAUAACUCGUUUCACGGAGGAAGCAUUUGCCUCUUUAAUUUGCAUCAUUUUCAUCUAUGAAGCUCUUGAAAAGCUGGUCCACUUGGGAGAAAUCUAUCCUAUCAACAUGCAUGCCAAUCUGGAUCAUCUCACUCAGUACUUCUGUGCCUGCACAGAGCCUUUUAAUCCCAACAACCAAACGCUUGACUAUUGGAUGAAUCACAACAUUACAAGAGCAACUGUUCCCUGGGGAAACCUAACUGUCACUGAAUGUAGAAUAUUCCAUGGUGAAUUUGUUGGACCUUCGUGUGGACACCAUGGACCUUAUACCCCAGAUGUCCUCUUCUGGUCGGUUAUACUAUUCUUUUCCACAUUUGUCCUGUCAGGAUUCCUGAAGCAGUUUAAAACUAGCCACUAUUUUCCCACCAAGGUUCGGUCUAUGAUCAGUGACUUUGCUAUUUUCCUGACUAUCUUGUCCAUGGUUCUGAUUGACUAUGCUCUGGGAAUUCCAUCGCCAAAACUUCAAGUUCCCAGUGUUUUUAAGCCAACAAGAGAUGACCGUGGAUGGCUAAUAAACCCUAUUGGCCCAAAUCCCUGGUGGACAGUUAUAGCAGCCAUUAUUCCAUCUCUGCUCUGCACUAUUUUAAUCUUCAUGGACCAACAGAUCUCUGCCGUAAUUAUAAACCGGAAGGAACACAAGCUGAAGAAAGGAGGUGGCUAUCAUCUCGAUCUCCUAAUGGUGGCUCUAAUGCUGGGUGUGUGUUCAAUCAUGGGACUUCCCUGGUUUGUAGCAGCCACUGUUCUAUCCAUCUCUCAUGUGAACAGUUUGAAGCUGGAGUCUGAAUGUUCAGCCCCUGGUGAAGUUCCAAAGUUCCUUGGAAUUCGAGAGCAGAGGGUCACUGGUCUCAUGAUCUUUGUUCUAAUGGGUUGCUCUGUCUUUAUGACGGCUUUCUUAAAGUUCAUUCCAAUGCCAGUGCUUUAUGGAGUCUUUCUUUACAUGGGGGUUUCAUCACUGAGAGGAAUUCAGUUCUUUGAUCGUGUGAAACUGUUUGCAAUGCCAGCCAAACACCAACCAGAUUUUAUCUACCUGCGUCACGUGCCUCUACGAAAAGUUCAUCUUUUUACAGUUAUUCAGCUGACCUGCCUGAUCCUACUUUGGGUCAUCAAAGCCUCACCAGCUGCUAUUGUUUUCCCUAUGAUGGUAUUAGCUCUAGUUUUUGUUAGGAAAUUGAUGGACAUCUGUUUCCUGAAGCGGGAGCUAAGUUGGCUUGAUGAUCUAAUGCCUGAAAGUAAGAAGAAAAAACUGGAUGAUGCCAAUAAAGUCAAAGAUGAUGAGGAAUCGGAGAAAAUGCUGGAGCCCGGAGGUGACGGUAAUGUUCAGCUACCAAUGGAAAGUAGAAAAUUACUUCAAAGUCCAGUAAAGAGUAAUGUUUAUAGGUGUGAUCCAUCUGAAAUUAAUAUCUCAGAUGAAAUGUCCAAGUCUACAGUUUGGAAGGCACUCAGCAUGAAUACAGAGAGCAAAACAAAGGAUAACACAACUUCAAAGAGCAGUUCCACUCAAAAGCCAGUGUAAAGUGAUCUACAUGGGAUAAGGUUUAAACAGCAGUAUUGACAGAGAAGUAGAAGUUAUAUUUGACUCAGGGAAGAGCCAAAACAGAGAGGUUUGCAAUCAACCUUCCAAACUGCACCUUGGAAGACAUCCUUGGAAAAGAAAACUAGUUGAAGGCAAAACACUGUCCUUUUAAAAUAAUAGAAACCAUAUUAAAGGUCUUUCAAAGUGAAGUCUGAACUUUUAAGUCCAGUUUUAAUUUUGACCUUUUUAUAUAAUUUUCAAAUGUUUUGAUUGACCAGAACUUCAUAGAAGUUUAAAUACUCAAAGGUAUGAAGAGAAAGGUUUACUGAGUAAAAUGUAUGUGGUUUUGUAUGUUUUUUAAUUUUCAGUUUUAUAAUACAAAACCUGACAGACAAAAAUAAAGCUUUGAAAGGCCUUCAUCUCUGACCAGCAUAUAAUUUGAGAUGUUUAUGUAGAAGGUAAGAAAUACUAAGAUUUGUUAUAUGUACUGGUAUAUGUACUGUAUCACAAUUAUUGUGUGAUUAUCAGUGCUGCUUCUAUGAUUUCUUCACUUUAAUGUAUGUUUUCAUGUCUGUGCAUGAAAAUAUUCUAGUCUAUCAAAGAUGUUUACAUGUAUUUGAUCAUUAAAUGUUACCUAUUAAGUAAUAAAGCAACUUGCAGUGCAAUAUACUGUACAAAGACAGAACGUUCUAAUAAUUCCAAAAACCCUAAUAAUAAAAUCUGAGAGGCUUUUGUUACCUGACACCCUCAGCAGCCUGCUGGCAGUAACAUUCCUGUAGGGAGUUUGGAUGGGAUAGUGCAUUGGGAUCUUGAUACAGAUACAUGAUACAUGGCAAUUUUAUAGGAUUUCCUUUAUUAAUAUUGGAAAGCAAACCAUUUUUCCUCUGAAUUUUUUUUCUGGAUGAGGGGGAAGAGUCAUGUAAACACUAAUUUAGAGCAACUAAAAAAUAAAAUCGUAAUUAAAAACACUUCAAAAUAUAAAGUAAACAUUUAUAGAACAUGGAUAUGGAUAUGUUAAUCAACCCUCUUAAAUUAUCAGAAAACACCCACUUUAACAUAACCCCAAAGUAACUAUAAUGUUAUAUUUUAGCUUGUUUUUAAUGUACAGAUUAUUUUAAGGUAUUCUUAAAUCUGACAUGUGAGAGGUGUUUUGUAAUUUGUGGAAAUUAUUCACCAAUAUGCAAAAUGCAUUUUUUUUAAAUCUGAUCAGAAGAUACCAACACUAGGAAAUCAGAAUGCAAGAGAGGACCAAUUGGGUAAAUUGUAUGCUUUGCCAGUUUUUUGUGCCCAUACUAAAGUAUGCUGGAAGCACCAUUCCCAGACCAAAAAAAAUCCAAUUGGUUGUGAUAGUAAGGACAAACAAUGACCUGCUAAAACGGAACAGUUACAGCCAACAAAGUCAAACAAAAGUUUUUUUUUUCUAUGUCAAAAUGUACACUUGAGGUAAGAAAGUCCCUGGAAAAUAUAUGACAGACUUCCUAAUGCACUUUUGUGAUGCCUAACUAAAUGCCGCUGCAGUCUUCACAGGGUUAUCUGAUUAAAACCCCUCUGGAAACUGCACUGGUUGUAGGCUGGUGAGGGUACCCAGCAAUCCUUUCAUUCUGCUGGUAAUGUAUAAUUUGGAUAUUUCAGUCCAUAUUUUGAACAUUCCAUCACAAAUGUAAGGCAUGUUUAUUUGUCUGAUUUCCUGGAGAAACGCAGGUUCCAAACCAAACAAUUGCCAUGAUUUUGAUUUUUGAAUGUAAUAGAUACCAAAAGAGAAUAUAAUAAACUUUAUCCUUAUUGAAUUAAAAGUGCAGGCACAAAUUUUUAAUAUUGCUUUUUUUCUUUCUGGUAAACUACAUGUAGAAAUAGACAUUAUUUUCUUUUAGAGAAAUUUAAAGAAAUAUAUUAAUAGAUUAUUUUGUUGCAGAAAACCUAUAGCACUUAAUAUUGUUAAUAUUGUUACUAAGUAUGGCACUUAAUGUUGUAAAUAAGUCACAGAGAUUGAAUCCACCUGUACCAUCAAAUAGAAGUUUAUUGACCUAAAUUUGACGAGUGGGCUAAUAGCUCAUUUACACAAGAUCUGUCCCCUCAAAGCAGAGAAAUGUGUAUAGUAAAGCCGAUAUGGCUUCUAUUUUAGCAAAAUGUUUUUUGGUUAAUAACGCUGAACUUUUAUGUAUGAACACCCAGAUAUAAUUGGCUGUUUAGAGUAUUGUUUGUAUUAGUGCAGUAUAUGUAAUUGCAGUUUCAGUUCAUGUUGGGUGUAAAAAAAUAUAUUUCAUACUAUACUGGAGGAUUUUUUGUGUAAAAGUGCUGUACAGUCAGUUAAUGCUGUUCUCUAUUCUUGUGAUGGUUUUGUUGCACAAUUGAUGUAAUGAAAAUAAGUGUACUCCUAAACAAUAGAUUAAGAAAUGUACCUUUUUUAAGGAGAUAUUAUUUCAAUGGUCUGCAUUUUACAAGACUUCCUAAUGUGUUAUUUCCUCCCCUCUCUGUUAAAGCUCUGGUGAAUAUUAACAAGUACAUUUAAAAAAAAAGAGAAAAUUACUUAAUAUUUAUAAUAUGAAGUCUUGAAAAUGUGUGAUGCAAAAAUUCUAAACGGUGGCUUCUUUGAAUCAACAGGAGGGAUUUAAUCUACUUAAAUGAUGAAAAUGUGAAAGGGACGAUUGUAAUUUAUUUAUAUAAGUAAAUAAAAAUGAUUAAAAUACAA